GUACCGGAAGUGGUGUCGUGACGCACUUUUCCGGCGUGUUUAGCACAUUCUGGAAAAUUAUUGUUAAAACCCCCAGCGUCCAGAACAACCAUUGAACAUUUCAGUGUCUUGCGUUAGACUGUUUCAUUAACAAGAACGACAACGAUUUAACUACCAAAGAGACUGAUCGCAACUUUGUCAGUACAUACAGACUAUCACAAUGGUGAAGGAGACCAAGUAUUAUGAUUUGCUAGGUGUCAAGCCCGAUGCCUCAGAUGCGGAGCUGAAGAAGGCCUACAGAAAAUUAGCACUUAAAUAUCAUCCUGAUAAAAAUCCAAAUGAGGGAGAGAAGUUCAAGCAAAUUUCUCAAGCCUAUGAGGUGUUGGCAGAUCCAAAGAAACGAGAAAUUUAUGACAAAGGUGGUGAGGAGGGCAUUAAGACAGGAGGAGCAGGUGAAUUCCACAACCCUAUGGACAUAUUUGACAUGUUGUUUGGUGGGGGAGGAAGAAGACGAGGCCCUAACAAAGGAAAAGAUGUUGUACAUCAGCUGUCCGUCAGUCUAGAAGAUCUUUAUAAUGGAGCCACAAGGAAGUUAGCAUUACAGAAGAAUGUUAUUUGUAAUAAAUGUGAAGGUCGAGGUGGCAAGAAAGGAGCUGUAGAACAAUGUACAACAUGUAAAGGAACAGGCAUGCAAGUGCAUGUGCAGAGAUUAGGCAUAGGAAUGGUACAGCAGAUACAGACUGUUUGCCAGAACUGCAGGGGACAGGGAGAGAAGAUUAAUGCUAAAGAUCUGUGUAAACAGUGCUCGGGGAAGAAAGUGGUUAGGGAAAGGAAAAUUCUGGAGGUUCAUAUAGACAAAGGUAUGAAAGAUGGGCAGCAAGUACGCUUUACUGGAGAGGGAGACCAGGAGCCCGGACUGGAACCUGGGGACAUUAUUAUUAUACUGGAGCAAAAAGACCAUCCAAAAUUUAAAAGGCAAAGCCAUGACUUGAUAAUGAACAUGGAUUUAGAACUGGUGGAGGCUUUAUGUGGUUUCAAGAAAUCAAUAGAGACUUUGGAUAAGAGGAUACUUGUCAUUAGUUCUUUGCCAGGUGAAGUAGUGAAACCUGGGGACUUGAAAUGCAUACCGAACGAAGGCAUGCCCGCACAUAGAAAUCCAUUUGAAAAGGGACUUUUGAUAAUAAAAUUCGAUGUUAAAUUCCCAAAGCCAGGCAUCAUUCCUCAUGAGAAACUUCAGAAGGUGGAACAUCUUCUGCCUCCUCGAGAGGAGGUGAUAAUACCAGACCAUGCUGAGGAGUGUGAUUUGGUUGAGUUUGAUCCACAUCUGCAUGGUAGUGCCCACCACAGUAGAGGAGAGGCUUAUGAUUCUGAUGAUGAAGACGCACAUCAUGGACAUGGACCAGGAGUACAGUGUGCUAGUCAUUGAUGAGAUGUUGAAUUUCCAGCUAUGAGUAAUAAUAUUAAUAUGAAUAUGAAAGUGUGUGGUGGCAUGACAAAGUAAGUUUUUAACCUGAAUAAAAGCAUGCACUGUACCUAACAGGGAAAUUUAACACACCAGUAUGUAAGUUUAUUGUAUAACCAAAGCAAGAAAAGAUCACAGUGAGUGCAGAUGUACACAGGUGAAAGUCGUAUUGGAUUAGUAGUUGUUCAUUAUAUUCAGUAAAAGGUCAUCUUGGUCUAGUUUUUCCAGUGACUUCAAUAUCUGUUCUUGUACACUUUAUCAACAAUAAUUCUUCAAAGAAUAAUUUUAUUGUGUGUGUCUUUCAACAUUUUAAUUAAGUUCAUUAGUCAGGACUGUGAAAUCUAACUGAAAAUUCAAGCUUUUGGUAGUAUGAAUAAUUAGUUGCUCUACCUUUUAAAGUUGCAAACUGUUUAGGGUUGUCCUAGUUGCAAUACAAAACUUGCAUCAGAUUCUCAUAUACCACUGCAUUGCUGUUAGGGUUAUUAAUUAUGGAAAGAAAGUACAAGAGGUCUAUUUUGAAUUUCAGUCAUGUUUUUACUCAUUCAGUAAGUUGUAUAUUGACAAAGAUUUCACAUAUAUAUAUAUAUAUAUAU